AUGCUCUCAAAGCACGUCUUCCGAUGUGCCGUCCGGCAUCUCUCCAAAACGACGCCCAAUCGGGUGCUUUCGGCGAAUUUCGCACUGGAAAAGGAGUGGUCAGCGCGGCACAUUGAUCUCGGAAAGCUAGGUCUCGGCGGAGAUUACGAGUGGAUCAGUGCCGUACAGAAGAAGUUCAUCGGCGGCGGAUACGCGAGUGCCGUCGACGUGGACGCUGCUGUGUGCAUCGCCGAGCAAAAGGAUCAGGUGGACGACACGAUCGAGUUGCUUUACAAGCUGCGACACAGUGUGAAGGCUGCCGAGAAGUGUGAUUCGAGCGAGUACGCCCUUGUCCGACUCCUGCUCAAGUAUCAGCCGGAAACCAUCCUUACUUUCGCCAAUGACCCCGUCAGUUAUCGCAACUCAUAUAACCCAUACAAAACUGUUUUUUAGAUCAACUACGGAGUUUUCCUAAAUGCACAUCUCGCAUGCAUCGUCAUCGAUCACUUCGUAAAAGUGAAAGACAUUCAGGCGGCCGCUAGAAUUGUGACGUGGAUGAUGCAGCAGGAAGAGCUCGAGAACGAACUGCUCAACGUACUUGGCUUGUACGUUUGUGCCAAAUGGACCGAAUUGCCAGCCGAGGAGCAGACUUUGACUUUGGGAGAAGCGGAAGAUGAAGAAGAAGUGAAUGACGAUGAUAUUGUUGGUUUAAAGCAUGUCACGGUAUGUAAACACUCGAAAUUUUUUUCCAGAGAACCUUCAAAUUCCCGUAUCUGAAAAAUGAGAGCUUUGACGAGCAUUUCGAUCUCACAAACGCUCAUCAUUUGGUCGGAAAGUCGCUGAUUUGGUUGGCCAGAGAGACGAGCUCAAUGAGCCCUGAACUGAAGAAAAGUGCACAAUUUCUGGGAGCUGUUCUUUUUAACAAGUGGUCAGAGGCUGCUGCCCUCGCUUCACCGAAGAUCCAUACUGGGGUUCGAGCAAUUGUGAACGAGCGAUUGGGCAAGACUGAAGAGCCGACGGAAGAGGCGAAGAAGGUGUUGGAAAGCAUCGGAGAGACGGUUUCCGGAGAGGAAAAGACACUGCUCAGCGACGCGCUUCUCGAACAUCUUCAGAAGAUACAGGUGAAAGAGGAGGAAAAACUGUGCGAAGAGCAGAAGAAACUGCUCGUUGAAUGGAAUGAACGGCGACGAGUACUCGCGAAAUCUCAGGCUCAAAAGGUGUUGGUCAAGCUGCGACAAGACGAGAUUCAUUCGGAACUGAAAAAGUUGGAUCAGGUGGAGGAGCAGAUGACCUUCUUCAAGAAUCGCUUGAUUUGGGAGAAGAGGGCCAACGAGAACACGCAAAUCGACGACGAGGCCCGAGAACGGCACAAGAAAAUAGAGGCGUCCGCUUGA